AAUUUUAUAUUCAUAAAUCUGAUUAAAAAUAUAUGAGGUAGAUUUGUCAGAGCCCAUGUUAUUUGUACUAAGCAAUAGUUUACUAAGUGUUUAUUUAGGUAUAAAGAAUGAAAAUUUUAAUAAUAAUUUGUUUUUGGUGUGUAUUUAAUAUUUUCAAUGUAGAAGGUAAAUCGAAAAAGUCUAAAUCCGUAACCACCCUUCUCGAAGCAAAAUGGCAUGUUACUCCGUUGGUUCUAGAGGCUGCAGAAUAUUUAGCAGAAGAAAACAUAGACUUUUACUGGAGUUUCAUUGAUUCUAUAAGUUCCUUAAAUCCACCCUUGGCUUCAUCAGGUAACGAACGCCAACAAUACAAUACCGUAUUGGAACAUGCCUCAAAAUUGUUAACUCCUUCACAGGUGUCAGUAUUAAAAUUAGGCUUAUCAUUACAUGUUUAUUCUCCAAAAGUACAAAUGUAUGAGCAGAUUGCUCAUGAAUUAAAAUUACCAGAUUGUCAAAGUAUUGCCGACAUUGGUGGUAAUGUUGUAUGUAAUAUUGAAGAUAUUAAAGCAAUAAUUGAUGGGCCUACUGAAAAUCACAAGAAAAUCGAUAUAUACAGAAUUGAUAACCAUUUCCCAGGUUCUGCUAAUAGAUCUCUAGUAGCAGUUUUAUAUGGUCAAGUUGGGACAGAAAGUUUCUCAAAAUUCCAUAAAAUUUUAAAAGAAGCAGCCUUAGAUGGAAAAAUCGACUAUGUAAUAAGGCAUUAUGUCAAAGAUAAAAAUCCAAAUAAAUUAAGACUGUCAGGUUAUGGAGUUGAAUUGCAAAUGAAAUCCACUGAAUAUAAAUCUCAGGAUGAUACAGAAUUACACGAGGAUAAAAAUUCUGCUGAAGCUUCACAAGAAGAUGAAGAUGAUGAAUUGGAAGGCUUUGAUUUUGCAAGAUUAAAGCAAAUAUUUCCUGAUCUGCAAUCUCAACUAGACAAAUUCAAAGCACAUCUAGAAGAUACCUCUAGCGAAUUAGCCCCUCUUAAAGUAUGGCAAUUUCAGGAACUGAGCUUGCAAGCUGCUGAGCGUAUUAUGAAUGCUCCAAAGGAAGAAGCAUUGAAAAUUUUGACCAACACUGCUCAUAAUUUCCCCAUGCAGGCAAAGGGGCUGUCGAAAUCAAUAGUAAGUGCCAAGAUGAAAUCAGAGAUGAAGAAAAACAGCGAAAUGUUUGCGGCCCACUUAAAUCUGCAACCGUCAGAUACUGGUCUGUUUAUCAAUGGGAUGUUUUAUGACAUUGACAUUGUUGACAUUUACGGUAUUCUCGAAAUUUUACGUCAAGAGCUCAGAACAAUGGAAGGAUUACAUGCGUUAGGUGUGGGCAAUAAAAGAAUGUCUUCAUUGUUGGAAUUGGACUUCGUAGAUGACGGCAACGGGCAAGAUUUUGCUAUAGAUAUUAGAGAUUCGGCUAUAAAUUGGAUAAACGAUAUUGAACACGAUCCAAAGUAUCACAGAUGGUCAAGUUCACUUAUGGAGUUGUUAAGGCCCACAUUUCCUGGAAUGUUGCGCCAAAUCAGAAGAAAUCUAUAUAACUUGGUACUGAUCAUUGAUCCAGCUGAUACAUCUGCAGCAGGAGUCCUAAAACUAGUAGAAUCUUUCGUAAUCCACACAGCUCCCAUCAGAGUCGGUAUCGUCUUCAACGUGACUGACAACAGCGACGUAAACGGCCUUGACGAUAUCGGUGUUGCCAUGCAGUGCGUUUUUAACUACGUCAGUCAAACUAAAGAUGCCACCACCGCUUUGACAUUCAUUAGAAAUCUGCUACAAACUCCUGACCUCCAGAUUGAACAUAUCAAAAAGAAAUUGCGGGAAAACUAUGAUGAGGAUCCUGCUGAUAUUUUAGGUGAAGAUUCUGUCUACGAUUUUGGUAGAAAACUUUCUUCGGAUUUCAUUGAAAGAGUGGGCGUAAAAGUAUUUCCCCAAGCUCUUCUAAACGGAAUACCUUUGCCGCAAAACCAAAUUAACGUCGACGAAUUCGAGGAAACAAUCCUUCAGGAAGUCGUGACUCAAACGCAUAGUUUCCAGAAAAACGUAUACAGGGGCAAGUUUUCGGAUCUGGAUGAUAUUUUGGAGCAAAUCAUGAACCAGCCCAAAGUUAUGCCGAGAUUGAACGAUAGGAUUUUGAAUAAGGAUCGAUCUUUUCACGUUGAUAUGACAGGUUCUGCUACUAGUACUGACGAUAUUAGAGCUUUAAUGCAGCUCAGUUCUAGAGACAUGACUGCUACCGCUAUAGAAAAUCUAAAAUACUUUUCUGUUAACAAGAAAGGGAGAAAAUAUCAUUCGAUGACCUAUUGGAUCGUUGGCGAUUUGAACUGUGAGAAAUCUAGAAAACUACUACUUAACGCCUUAGAACAUUUGAAAUCUGAGAGUCAUGUGAGAGUCAGCUUCUUACCAAAUGUCAACGGAGGAAAAGACAAUAAAUUAAAUAAAAUUGUACUUACCGCUUUACAAGAAUUAACUGCAGAUAAGGCUCUUUCUUAUGUAAUUUCCCUAUUAAGAGGUGACGCUGCUGCUCAACAAUUGGAACGAGGAGAAGACUUAGAUAUUCCUUCUGAAUUAAGCUCAAAAUUGAAUUCGCAAGAACUGAAUCUUAAAAUGUUACGAGUAUACAGCCAAAGGGUAUUACGACUAAAAGAAGGUCAACGUGCUGUCGUAGCUAAUGGCAGGGUUCUGGGACCGUUGGACGACAAUGAAGGAUUUACUUUAGAGGAUUUCAAUCUCCUCGAAAGAUAUAGUUCCAGUAGUUAUUUGGAAAAAAUCACAGCCGCUUUGGAUAAAACUUCGGAUGAAGAAGAAGACAUAACCAGCAAUUCUUUCAUGAAGAUCGUCUCAAUUCUCAUUGCUAGAUCCCAACCGAAAUCGAGAUUCGACAUUGUUUUCUUCGGCGACGAACAUUCUGUAAUUAAAAUUCCCGCCGUUCAUCCAGACCGAGUGGCUUUCGACAUUGCUGCGAUCGUCGAUCCGGUCUCGCGCGGCGCCCAGAAAUUGGGACCCAUCCUGCAAGUGUUGCAUGAAGUACUUAAUUGUAAUAUUAGGGUGUUUUUGAAUAGUGUCGAGAAGAAUAGCGAUAUGCCAGUUAAAAGCUUUUAUCGAUUUGUUUUGGAACCUGAAAUUCAAUUUGGAGAAGACGGUAAACAGCUACUUGGUCCUAUAGCAAGAUUUAAUAAUAUGCCAACGUCACCUUUGUUAACGCAAAAUUAUCACGUACCUGAAAAUUGGUUGGUAGAGGUAGUUCGAUCCGUCUACGAUUUGGAUAACAUCAGAUUGGAAAAUGUCGAAAGCAAUGUGCACAGUGAAUACGAGUUAGAAUACCUGCUUCUCGAAGGCCACUGCUUCGAACAAAACACUGGCAGUCCUCCAAGAGGUCUGCAAAUAACGCUCGGCACGGAAAACCAACCGGUCAUUGUCGAUACCAUCGUUAUGGCUAAUUUGGGUUACUUCCAAUUGAAAGCCAAUCCCGGCGCUUGGGUUUUAAGGUUAAGGCAGGGCAGGAGUGCCGAUAUAUACGAUAUUGUUAGUCAUGAUGGAAGUGAUACUCCCGAAAAUUCAACCGAUAUUAAAGUGCUUAUUAGUUCAUUGAGAUCUCACAUCGUUAAAUUGAGAGUUCAAAAGAAACCUGAUAAAAUCAAUGUAGAUUUGCUUUCCGAAGAAGAUAACAAUUCUGGUAUUUGGAAUUCGAUAGCCAGUUCCUUCAAGGGCAACGAAGAUGAACCCGAUGAAAAAUUAAACAUAUUUUCUCUAGCUUCCGGUCACUUAUACGAAAGAUUCCUAAGGAUUAUGAUGUUGUCUGUUCUAAAGCACACAAAGACACCUGUCAAGUUUUGGUUUCUGAAAAACUAUCUCUCUCCUCAAGUAAAAGACUUUUUGCCCUAUAUGGCUAAAGAAUACGGAUUCGAAUACGAACUAGUACAGUACAAAUGGCCCAGAUGGUUACACCAACAAACCGAGAAGCAAAGGAUCAUUUGGGGUUACAAAAUACUAUUCCUCGACGUACUUUUCCCGUUGGACGUUAAAAAAAUCAUUUUCGUAGAUGCGGAUCAGGUCGUAAGAGCUGAUUUGACAGAACUCCAGCAACUUGAUUUGGGUGCCGCUCCGUAUGGUUACACGCCCUUCUGUGAAUCUCGUAAAGAGAUGGAAGGAUUCAGAUUCUGGAAGAGCGGUUACUGGAGGAACCAUCUACAAGGAAGAAGGUACCACAUUUCCGCUUUAUAUGUAGUAGACCUGAAGAGAUUCAGGAGAAUAGCAGCAGGCGAUAGACUUCGAGGGCAAUACCAGGCCCUCAGUCAGGAUCCCAACAGUCUGUCUAAUUUGGACCAGGAUCUUCCGAACAAUAUGAUCCAUCAGGUGGCGAUAAAAUCGCUACCUCAAGAAUGGUUGUGGUGUGAAACUUGGUGUGAUGAUGCUUCGAAGGAGAGAGCCAAGACUAUAGAUUUAUGUAAUAAUCCUAUGACCAAGGAGGCUAAGCUAACAGCGGCUGUGAGGAUAUUGCCCGAGUGGAAAGGAUACGAUGAGGAAAUCAGAACGUUACAGAAAAAAAUUGAUUCGGGAUUAUUAGAUGCAGAUCCUGCCGAGUCCAUUGAAGUUAGUGAAAAAGAAAGGACUGAUAUACAUUCAGAAUUAUGAUAGGUAGAGUAAAAUUAUGUACAUAUUUUUUAAUUGAUUUGUAAGAGUGAUAUUUACAGGUCUUUAAGUUAUGUAUAUGGUUAAGAUUAAGAUAAUAA